UGAUCUCACCUCUCCAUCCCGUCAUUUUGCUCUCCUCCACCAUGAGUCUGAAUCGCACCAAGAGAAUCAGCUCCAGUAGCUCCGUCCGGAGCAGCAGCACCGGGACCAGGAGGCUGAGUGGGUUCGGCCCGCUUCAAGGUGGCUUCAGCGGCGUCUCUCUGAGCAGCAGCUCCCUGUACGCUGGCUCCAACGGGCAUCACACCGGCCUCGGGGUGCCGCUGGCAUCGCUGUCAGUCAACAAGAGCCUGCUGGCGCCCCUCAACCUGGAGAUCGACCCAAACCUGUCCAUGAGCCGGGCCCAUGAGAAGGAGCAGAUCAAGACCCUCAACAACCGCUUUGCAAGCUUUAUAGAUAAGGUGCGUUUCCUGGAGCAGCAGAAUAAGAUGCUUGAGACCAAGCUGGAGCUCCUGCAGGAUCAGGGUAUAGGCCGUUCUAACGUGGAACCCCUCUUUGAGGCCUACAUGGCAGGCCUGAGGCGCCAAAUGGACCUGGUCAACAAUGACAAGACCAAACUGGAUGGAGAGCUGAGGAACAUGCAGGGCCUGGUGGAGGACUACAAGCACAAAUAUGAGGAGGAGAUUAACAAGAGAAACAACCUGGAGAAUGACUUUGUUAUCCUCAAGAAGGAUGUGGACUCCGCCUACCUGGUGAAAGCUGACCUUGAGGAUAAAGUGGGAGCUCUGACUGAUGAAAUCAACUUUCUGCGUAAUGUCUACGAGGAGGUAGAGCGCGGAGAGCUGGCGGUGAAAGAAGCAAAGGCUCGGACCAGAGACCUAGAGGACGCCCUCCAGAGGGCCAAACAGGACAUGGCCAGGCAGCUCCGAGAGUACCAGGACCUGAUGAACCUGAAACUGGCUCUUGACAUUGAGAUCGCCACCUACAGGAAGCUGCUGGAAGGCGAAGAGGACAGACUUGGGCAGCAGUCCAUCUUCAACAUCCAGGCAAUCUCCAGUUACAGUACUAAAAGCAGCAAUGGUUACUAUAGUAACAGCAGCUCUCCUGCUCCGAAGGUGCUGAUAAAGACGACUGAGACCAGAGACAGCAGCAGGUUCAGCUCUCACUGACACCAUCACCACCACCGCAUGCACUCGUGCACACUGUGUAUGCAUAACUCACCUGUGCACCAUCCGUACACAUGCAAGGACAUCUACGGCUUUGUUGUUUUUCUAAUAAAAACUGAAUAUUUGAGAGAGAGGAUGAGACAUUUCAUUACUAACAAAAAUACAUAAA